AUGGACGUUUUGGGGUCUCCCUUAGAAGCUCUGCUCUAUAACUAUGUCAGUGCCGGUUUCCUAUCAACAAUUCACAACUUAUUGGCUUGGGUUGCCAUCUUAACCGCUGCCUUUAGUGUUUGGAAAGUCAGAGCAGCCGGUUCCCAUUCUCACCCUCCCAAAUUGCAAGUAGUUUCUUCUCUUCCCAAUCUUCUGCAUGGAGCAUCUUCAGAAUUAACGCCCUCAAACUCAGACUCCUCUAAACAAUCGUCUCAACCAUCUUUGCUGGUGGAUAAGCCAUCUCUAGCUAGCGCUUGCGCAACAACGCAGCUAUCAACGGCUAUUUGCGCCGUUGCAGAUGCAGAUGACAACAGGACAAAUGGAGGAAAGAUUACGCUCUCUUAUUACGAGGAUCUCGACGACGACGAAUCUACGCCAACGGAGAGCUUGGAUGACCAGGGUGCUGAUGGCAACGGUGGCGUUUGGUGGGAAGCAACAUGGGGCGUUGAGGAGCAGCUGCAACGAGGUGGAACUGGAAGCAUUUGGGUGGGACUGGGGACUACCAAUACAGGAGAUUUGGGUUGGUACCAUUAUCAGGAUUUAACGAUGCUAAACGGCAGCGUUGUUAGGUUAUGGGAUAAUCAUAGACGGAGAAGUCGCCGUCAGUCAGGCUCGUAG